CGGGAAUUGAUUAAUAGAGCUGCAUGUGUCUGAAAUCAUUCAUGCAGCCCUCCUUCUCCGAGACACUCGAGCAGCCACCAAAUUGCAUUCGGAAUCAUGAAAGCCACCUCACUACUGGCAUCUCUGCUGCUGACUGGGUCAUGGGUGAGUGCCAGGGUCGUCGUCAAUGAUUCGUUGACCGUGCACACCAACACCGGCAUUUACACCGGCCUUCACAACCCGGAGUAUCCUUCAGUGCGCGAAUUCCGGUCCAUCCCAUAUGCCCAGCCGCCGGUGGCCUCGCGUCGCUGGCUACCCCCAGCGCCGCUCCCAGCAUCCAGCGAGCACCACAACGCGACCACGUUCCCUCCAGCCUGUUCACAGUACGUCUACCGAGGCCCCUCGUUCUUCGGGAACCUGGUCAACGAGUUUCUGAUCUGGAACGGCCAUGAGAACUCAACGGCGGGCCAGAUGGCUGAGAACAGCGCGGAGGACUGCUUGCAGCUCGCCAUCUGGACACCCGCCAACGCGACCGCGCACUCCAAACUGCCCGUACUGGUCUUCUACAGCGGCGGCCAAUUCCGCACGGGAGGCAUCCCAGUACCGUACCAGCUCCCAGCGGCGUGGGUGAACCGCACGCAGGGCCACAUCGUAGUGACGACCAACUACCGGCUGAACAUCAUGGGCUUCCCGAACGCAGCGGGGCUAACGCAGCAGAACCUGGGGAUUCUGGACCAGCGGGCAGCGCUGGAAUGGGUGCACGCGAACAUCGCAGCCUUCGGGGGCGACGCAGACGCAAUCACGCUCUGGGGCCAGUCAGCCGGGGCAAUGAGCGUCGACUACCACACCUACGCCUUCUGGGACAAUCUACUGGCGCGCGCCACAAUCUCGCAAUCCGGUACCGCGCUCAAAACCACCCCCAGCCUCGACACACCCCACUCCAACUUCACCUUCGUGGCCAAGAACCUCGGCUGCGAUUUCCCCGCCGACCCCGCCGCCGAGCUGGACUGCAUGCGCCGCGUCCCCGUCUCGCGGAUCCAGAACUUCAUCGGCCACUACGGCGACGCGAGAACCACGCCCACCAUGACCUUCGGCCCCGUCGCGGACGAAACCGUCAUCUUCGCGGACUAUCCCGCGCGCGCCGCAAAGGGGUAUAUUGCCGACACGCCGGCCAUUAUCUCGAACUGCGCCAACGAGGCCGCGCCGCUGUACCCCUUAUCCCUUGAUAAUGUCACAGCCGGGCCGUGGCAGCCGGGGGUGAAUGCGGUCACACUGCGUGAUUGGUUAUGUGUGAGCGCGAAUACGAGUGUUGUGCGCCAGAGGGCAGGGUUGAAGACGUAUCGCUAUGAGUGGGCGGGCAAUUUCUCGAAUGUCAGUCCGCUGCCGUGGAUGGGCGCGUAUCACUCGAGUGAUUUGACGAUGACCUUUGGGACGUUUGGGAUUGCGCGGGGCCAGGGCACGGCGGAGGAGGUCGCGACGAGCCGUGUGAUGCAGGAUUACUUUUUUGAGUUUAUUAAGGAUCCAGUACGUGGGUUGGAGAGAAAAGGCUGGGCUGCGUUCGACUCCGAUGCGGAGAAUGGUGGUGUUAUGAAGAGGUUUGGCGCGCAGGGGGUCGCUGAGCAGGAUGUCGCCGGGGAUGAGGUUCAGGGUGCUUGCUGGGGGGAAGGGAAUUAUGAUCCUUUUCCUUAG